AUGGAGUUAAGGGAGCUUGGAAGAACAGGGCUGAAACUAAGCUCAGUGGGCUUCGGAGCCUCACCUCUCGGCAACGUCUUCGGUUCAGUUUCCGAACAACAAGCUAAUGCCUCUGUUCGUCUCGCCUUUCAGUCCGGCAUCAACUUCUUCGACACUUCUCCAUACUACGGAUCUACACUGUCGGAAAAAGUGCUCGGUAAAGCAUUGAAAGCCCUAAAUGUUCCGAGAAGUGAGUACAUUGUAGCAACCAAGUGUGGACGCUACCAAGAUGGGUUUGAUUUUAGUGCUGAGAGAGUCACGAGAAGUAUAGAUGAGAGCUUGGAAAGGUUGCAGCUUGAUUAUGUUGAUAUUCUUCAAUGUCAUGACAUUGAGUUUGGAUCGUUGGAUCAGAUUGUUAAUGAGACAAUUCCUGCACUUCAGAAACUGAAGGAAGCGGGGAAGACUCGUUUCAUUGGGAUUACCGGACUUCCGUUGGAGAUAUUUACUUAUGUUCUCGACAGGGUUCCGCCUGGAACAUUGGAUGUUAUACUUUCCUAUUGCCAUCAUUCUAUCAAUGAUUCGACUUUGGAGGAUAUAGUUCCCUAUCUGAAGUCCAAAGGUGUUGGUAUCAUCAGUGCUUCCCCGUUGGCAAUGGGUCUUCUCACUGAGGCUGGGCCUCCUGAAUGGCAUCCUGCUUCACCAGAACUUAAGUCUGCUUGUAAAGCUGCCGCUACCUAUUGCAAAGAAAAAGGAAAAAACAUUUCAAAGUUAGCAGUGCAGUACAGCUUGUUAAAUAAAGAAAUCACAUCAGUGCUUGUUGGCAUGAGUUCUGUUGAACAGGUGGAGGAAAAUGUUGCUGCUGCAAAAGAACUAGCAGCUUCUGGAAUCGAUGAAGAGGCUCUAUCAGAAGUUGGAGCCAUUCUAAAGCCUGUCAAAAAUCAGUCGUGGCCUAGUGGAAUCCAACAGAGUUGA